AUGGACGAUGGACGAUGGACGAUGGACGAUGGACGAUGGACGAUGGACGAUGGACGAUGGACGAUGGACGAUGGACGAUGGACGAUGGACGAUGGACGAUGGGCGAUGGACGAUGGACAAUGGACGCUGGGCGAUGAGCGAUGGACGAUGGACGAUGGGCCCGCAUCAGUAGCAGCAGCGGCAGGCGGAGCGCGCGCGGCUUUCCUACAACGAGACAAAUUGUACAAACAGAGGCUAAAACAACUCGGCAAGGUGCAGGCCGGCCUUGUGGUCCGGGGCCAUCAUCUUGCGGCCCAGGCUCUGACUGCCGUGGCCCAUUGCCAUCACUGCGGGCUUCUAAUCGCCGGCAUAGCCCCACAAGCCUACGUAUGCAGCGACUGCCAGCUCAGAGUGCACCGCGCGUGUGCCCGACAAGUAGACGAGGCUUGUUGCCUCGACCACCAGCCGCCCGACCACCACAAUAAUAGGAUCUCACGGUUCAUGGAGCGUAUUCAUGCUAAUAAUCAACCGAAUAACUUAGACACAAAUGACAAGAAAUCUAGGAAAACAUCGGCGACGACGCAUUUUCUCAAUAUGGAACGAAGUGUAAGGAAAGCUGAAGAUGACCUGCCUUGGGACCAAACGCUAACGCCCAUCAUUGGCCCGAGCGUACGGCGCGUAGCGUUCCGCGCGCGCCUCAAAGAGCCAUUCGACCACCACAAACGGGGCCCUAAAGGGCUGAUGUUCAGCCGGGGUCGCGGGGUAAGCGCAAUGAGGUACCGCGACCUCGGCACAGAGCAGGAGAAGGAACAGGGGGGUUUUUAG